UGCCUGGAUACAAUACUCCACAUCUGGCCACAUAUGCGUAUUACUGUAGAUUUCAAGCGAGGUAAGGCGAAUCUAAAUCGAAACUGAAAUUUUGAAAAACAAAUAUGUCGCACUUCUCUUUCUCGAAGCUGAAAAAUCGGUGAAAUCGACGUGAAAAAAUGAAUUCCAAGGAAAAUCCAAAGAAAAAAGGAUGUGACAAAGGCAUCUUGAAGAAGUUUAAAAUGAGACUUGACCUCAUAUUUGACUACAAUGGCUUAGUUAAUCAAGGAGCAACCUGUUAUUUGAACAGUGUUCUGCAGGUCCUCUUCAUGACUAAGGACUUCAGAGAGGCUGUGGAAAGGUUUGGUCACUGUGGUCAAGAUCAGAAGACUGCUGAUUUUCACCUGAAAAGCCUAUUUAAGACAUUAAAGACAAGUGAAACUCACACAAAGGACAUCUUAUCCAUACUGGGCAUUGGAAAUGUAUACGAGCAACGGGACGCUGCUGAAUAUUUUGAGAAUAUUUUAAGCAUGGUCAAUCCUUGUGUGUCUAAGAUCUUCAAAGGACAUUUGAGACACACUAUGAGAUGUUCAGAAGGUCAUGUGACCAGUGAUGAAACUGGUCCAUUCUGGACUCUCCCGCUCUCAAUGGAAAAUCCAUCAGACUCUAACAAAACCUACAGUGUGAGGGAAGGUUUUGAGGAGUUUUUCAAGUCUUCAACUGUCGGUGGGAUGUUUUGUGACCAAUGCAAUGAGAAAACCGAUUCAACCAUUGCAUGUAAGAUGGAACAUCCCCCAGAGAUUCUGACUCUGCUCCUCAAGAGGUUUGAGUUUGACUACCGCAGGAUGUCAUAUGUCAAAAAUGACUGCUGUGUGGAUGUUCCUCACACGUUACGGACGAAGGACUGUGACUAUGAACUCUAUGCAGUUGUGGACCAUGUGGGAAGUCUAAGAGGUGGACAUUACACUUCUAGAAUCAAGUCCUAUCAGAAUCACAACUGGUAUGUGUUCGAUGACACCUACGUCACACAGCCCAAUCCACAAUCAAUCAGUCAUAUGAAUAAUGAAAGAUCACAGAGUGUGUAUCUGCUUAUGUACAAGAAAUCACAUGCUCCGGAUCAACCAAGAGAAGAGGAAAUGAAGAAAAAAGAGGAGGAAUUAAAGUGUAUGGAAGAGGAAUGGAAGAAAAUAGAAGAAGAAUUGAGGAUAUUAAACGAGGAAUGGAAGAAAAUGAAAGAGGAAUUGAAGAGAAUAAUCAAUGUGGAAUCACGGAGAAGAGCAUUGAAAUUGGAGAGAAUAUAUGUGGAAUUCAAGACAUGUGUAGACAACAAUGGAAGAGCCGUUGAUGACAUUCCUCAACAAUUAAUGACAAUAAGAGAGACAAUGAAGAUGAUAGAAGAGGAAGAAAAGAGAAUAAACGGAGUUGAAGAGUAUAGAAGAGAAAUUGAAAAGAAUACAAAAGAAAUUGAAAUGUGUAGAAGAGGGAUUGAAAAGCAUAGAGGAGGACUUAAAGAGCAUAGAAGAGGAAUUGAAAAGUAUAGAAAAGGAUUUGGAGAGUAUAGAAGAGAAAGUGAAGAGUAUAGAAAAGGAAUUAAAAAUAAUAGAAGGAGAAUUGAAGAGUGUAGAAGAGGAAUUGUCAAGUAUAGAAGAGGAAUUGAAUAUAUGACGGAGUCUGUUACGUCCCAUCGAGGACGCUAAGUCACUUAAAGCUAACUGCCAGUUAAAGUCUCUGGGAAAGUGAUAUCAACAAUGGCAAUUAACAGCUUCACUAGCCAGCUAUUCUGCUUAAGCCUAGCCUAUCAUUCAGCAAUAAAACAGGUACGCUUGGAACAAAUUCUAUUCUGUUUUAGGUCCCGCUUUAUUUGAAGUGCAUCUUAUGAAGGCUAAGGCUUCAUAAAGCAAUCAUAUACUGUAGGAUUUAUAAGUACUACAUAAAUGGGCCACAAAUCCUCUAUAACCAUAUUUCAUGCUCUAGAAAAGAGUAAUCAAUGUGAACAAAUAAAUGUAUGGUUAUGUCAUACAGCUAUGCCACAUUAUACAUCUUUAUAGAGCAUGAUGUACGGUUAUAGAUAAUUUGUGAAGCAUCUAUGUAGUGCUUUAUGAAGCCUUCAUAGGAUGCACUUCAAAUAAAGCGGGCCCAGUACCCAGUUUUAUUCAGUGGUCUUGUUUAAAGUUUUUAAUGUUCCAAUGUCAUUAGACAUAUAGUUUUUAGUUUUAGGCUACAAGCCCAUUCUGCCUAGUCUGUAUCAGUAGCCAUAUCGACUAAAGAGAACACGUUUGCAUUUUGUAUUUAUUAUGUCUCUUUAGUCAUACAAAUAAUGCCAACAACAGGCAACUUCAAAAGUCCUUUAUCACUUGAUACAUAAAAAAAAAUGCCAUUAUUUUAGGCUUACCAUGUACAAUGUUCGUUCUGGGGUGUAUUCAUUAGUGCACACCCUAGCAAACCAUUAGCAAUGAUUGCCCGCUCAAGGGGAUGUUGGGGGGUAUGUGUAUGACUAAAGAGAUUACAAUUUUUUACAAUUGCUUACACACUAAAAUGUAACUUUUCCCACAAUUAGCAAAACCUGUCUUGUCUUGUCUUGUAUCACACCUGGUUCCAAUCCCAUGAAUUACAUGUUGUGUAUUUAACCCUCUGUUCCCCCUCAUGUCCUUGUCGGUGAUUGUUUGUUUGUAAGCUAUGUGCAAGAUAUGUUCUGGUGUGCGACUGGUUUUGUACCCACUUGUAUUAUUUUGUAUAUUUUGGUUUUCUGAGUUUUUGAGCACUUAUUAAACUGCUCCGUUUU